CGGAUAUACCACGUCGAAUCAACAUAUGGAUACAGCAACGUCAAACAAUGGAACAACCACCACCACAGCAGGCCUCUAGGGGUGACCUCAUCAACUCUCUAUCUACCUUGCCAAACGAGAUACUGCUUCAAGUCUUCUCGUAUGUCGAUGUGCAUCGCUCCGCACGUGUCCUAGGUUACAUCCCAGAUGAUCCUCCUCCAAGUCCCCCAGAUGAGUACCUCGUCUCCGAUUUUCGCGCUAGUUGUCGCUCGCUGCUCGGCGUUGCGUUAACGUGCAGGAGAUUCGCUGUGCUGAUCCCAGAAGUGCUAUUCUCUACACUUGUACUUGAGCUUAGCAUUCCUGAAACCUGGAAUGAUCUCCCAGGAUCUGAUAUCUUCGGCUUGAUUCCAAUAUUCCAUGCACGACCUGAAUGGAAACGACAUGUGAAACAGCUGAGACUGUGUAUACCCAAAAGCGAGCACGGUUUUUCGAUCAUCCGCGAUCUCGUUCACGAGAAGGCACUUGAUUUUAUCAACUCACUCGAUUUUCCUGUUGAGUUCAAAGAAGGGUGGUCUCAACAACUGGAAAUUUCACUCGCGUGGACUUUUGCGUUUGUGCUUCUAGCAUUGUUACCAAACGUCGUAACGCUAUGCAUAUCGGAUCGCAAAUCAAGACUGGCAUUUGGCGAAGCGAAUACUGACCAGCCCGAGAAGGCCAUGGGUCUAAUAAGGCAAAGACUACCAGUCUCACAUAUGCUAUCCUAUGUCAAGUUCGAAAGCCCUUUGCCUCCAGUUCUGAGAGGAUUGGACAACGUCCCAAACUUACAUACCCUUGACUUGAGCAUAAAGCUUCAAGGUCAGCUACUUUCAUCAGUCCGCUAUUACUCCGAAUUUUACCUCGACGGCUCAUGCGAACAGCCGAGCAUUCAGCGCCUGCGUCUAGAUUUCGAAGUCAAGUCGGUCGGUGUAUGGAGUGUACCCUCCCGCAGGUGCAUGACCAACAUCAUUCGCGGCUUUCCAAAUCUACGAACGCUAGAAUACUAUGCGGAGUCUUCAGAUUGCAAGAAUCCAUACAGAAGCGUUCGCGCCUUUCCCGCAUACCAGUCAAACAUCCAGAAAUAUCCAGACGCAUCUUCUGCCUUUGCGGAUGAUGUAUACAUUGAUGAACAACACUGGGACCGAGCGAUAUAUGAUGCGAGGACCGAAGUGACCGAUUAUCAAAACCUGGUCGACGGUAUGGUACAUCUGCGACCAAACCUCGAGACCUUACAGUUGCCGGGCGGGUUCUGGACCCUGCCAGGCGCGGUGCGCAAGCCGCUUCCACGGUUCGACCAGUUUGUGCAACUCAAGAAACUGGUUGUCCCUCAAGCAGCGAUCAUAUCAAUCAAGCUCGACAACAUGCGCUUUGAUGCCAUCUUCGAAGGCGAUUUCGAACUUUCGCCAAUGCAAGCUCUUCCGACUUGUUUGCAACAUCUCAAGAUCUUCGAUGUUGAUUUGGCGUUCUUGGAAAGCAAGUGGCUGCAAGACCUCUUCGACGAGCAAAAGACGAAAAACCAAUGGCCAGUGUUAAAAUGCGUUGAGAUUUUGAUGGGCCCUACGAUCUCGGAAAGCAGUUUGAGACAUCUCCAAGCUAGAGAAAGUGGAGAUGAGUUUUGGAAGUUGGCGGGAAAUGCGAACUUCGAGGUGGUCAUGGGGCGGGAUGAGGAAGGACCUGAUGUAUAAAUCAACGUACAAACGUAACGCUAGUAGGGUUCGGAGCUUUGCGUGUACAUCUUUGCUAGUCGUUGAUCAAGACACUAAUACCAUGUAUACGUCACGG